UUGUUUUUGUUUCGCGUCGAGGCGAGAGCCCAGUUUGAGGUCGCUACUCGUUAGGAAAGAGGGGCAAUUUACUUAAGAUAAUCAAUUUAACAAAACAUCAAUUCAAAAAGGACAUUUCUACUCAAACAAACAUUGCCAUCCUUAAUUCUGUAAGUACCAUAGUACAUGGUCAUUUGGCAAUUGUAUAGUCAAAAGUUUGUUCAACUUGGUUCAACUCCAACGGUUGACAAGAUAGAUAGAUGAUAGAUGUGCAAUUCUCUUUAAGUGGAAGCUAAACAAACUAUUACAAUGUUUUCCCUCUGACCUUUCAACAAAAGUUUUCAAAAUGAAACUGUAUGCGCUUGGUAGGAACUGCAAAGCACCUUGUUAUGUGCUUAAGUUUAAACAAACAACAAUUAUGUUGGAUUGUUCUCUAGAUAUGUUGCCUUCUCUUAAUUUUACUCCACUUCAUUUGGUUGAAAAGAAACAGGGUCAAAGUUUCAGUAAACCUUGGUUUGCGAGAGAGCUCCAUGAUUUUGAUGGUUUUGUUGAUGAAAAUAACAUCAGAGAAAUUGCUGGAAAUGUAUUUGUAGACAGUGAACCAGAGGUUUUACCUCCUGAGCUUGAUUUGUUGGAUUUAUCAACUGUUGAUGUGAUAUUAAUAUCCAAUUGUUUUUUUAUGUUUGCCCUUCCAUAUAUUACUGAGCAUACCAAUUUCUCAGGUACAGUCUAUGCCACAGAACCCACAAGUCAAAUGGGAAGGUUGGUUGAAAUUGUUUGUUUUAUCCAGAGUGCCAAAAUUGGUCAAUGGCACUUCUUGGAAAAAACCUGA